AUGGCAACGCCAUUACAAAGUUUGAGACUUUUUCUUAUCUCUUUCGUCUUCUUCUUCGUCGACUCACAAUCACAAGAUUCUUCCAUUACUCCUCCUCCACCGCAACCUCCGUUAAAGGUCGUUGAGAGUAAUAAGGCGAUUCACCACCGAAGAAAAAAAUGGCGACAGAGAAGACACCAUAAACACCCACCACCGCCUCCUCGGAAGAAACAGAAGGUGAACACGGGAAAGACGGUGGGGCUUUUCUUCGCCGGUGUAGCUGCAGCUUUGCAAGUAGUUGUAGCUGCUUUCUUGCUUUUCAAAAGAAGACAACUUCUCCUUAAGAUCAAUGAUAGACACUGA